AUGUCGCGAUUCGUGUCGGCGGGCGCGAUCAACGCCGAGACGGGCGAGGCUGUUGCCGCCGAGGAGGCCAAGAAGGGGGACGACGCGACCGCGGCGGCCGCGUUCGAGGAGGCCAACAAGAUCAGGAACCAGUUCCGCGCGCUCGACGACGACGAGAUUGACUUCCUUGACGAUGUGCGCGAGUCCAAGCGCGCCGAGGAGGAGCGGGUGAGGCGGGAGACGGAGGAGGGGCUCGCGGCGUUCCGCAGGGCGCAGAACCAGAAGAGGCCCGUCGACGACGACGGCGACGGUGCCGCCGCGGCCGGAGGGGCGGGGACGCUGCAGCGGGAGCGCGCGGGGGACGGCGCGGGCGCCGAGGAGGAGUGGACUGUCGGGCCGAGGAAGCGGAGGAAGAGGGAGAGGGGGUUCGGGGUGAAGCGGGAGAAGUCUGGGGAGGGGGCGCCGGGCGAGGGUGCGAAGAAGACUGAGGAGAAGGGGGUGGAGAAGGCUGCGGCGGCUACGACGCGCCAGGGGGGCGAGCAGGAGGAGGCCGCGAAGGGCAGCCCGCCUGCGCCGGUGAAGGGGAAGUUGAGUCUCGUGGCGUAUGGUUCGGACUCGGACGAUGAUUGA